GAAAACAAAGUAGCUAUCGUGCGCCACCAUCACGCACCCUAUAAAUCCAUUUUACUGUAAAUUUCCGCCGGGAAGAAAAGUCUCUCUCUCUCUCUGCCUUCUUCUUCACCAACCCCUAGUCCCUACGCACACGAACAACAACAACAAGAGAGAGAUUAGAAGAAGAAGACGAAACCCCUCAAAAUCCUUCUUUCUUCAUCUGAUAAAUUCUACUUCUUCUUCUUGUGUUUUGUUCGUUUUGUUUGGAAAGAGGUACUGGACACAGUUUCGUGUGAGGAGAGAAAAAAGCGUAAUGAGCUGUUUUGGUUGUUGUGGUGGUGAGGAUUUCCGUAGAGUUGCUGAGACUGGACCAAAGCCAGUGCACAAUGCAGGAGGUUACAAUGGAGGUCACCAUCAAAGGGCAGAUCCACCAAAGAACCCGCCAGUCAUUCAGAUGCAGCCUAUUGCUGUGCCGGCCAUUCAAGCUGAUGAGUUGAAGGAUAUAACCGAUAACUAUGGUUCAAAGUCCUUGAUUGGUGAGGGUUCAUAUGGUAGAGUGUUUUAUGGUGUUCUUAGAAGCGGUAAGGCAGCUGCCAUUAAGAAACUGGAUUCUAGUAAGCAACCGGAUCAAGAAUUUCUCGCCCAGGUAUCAAUGGUUUCGAGAUUGCGACAAGACAAUGUUGUUGCGCUCCUUGGCUAUUGUGUUGAUGGUCCACUACGUGUUCUUGCUUAUGAAUAUGCUCCUAAUGGAUCUCUUCAUGAUAUUCUUCAUGGUCGAAAAGGUGUUAAAGGAGCACAGCCAGGUCCUGUUCUGUCGUGGCACCAGAGAGUCAAAAUUGCUGUUGGUGCAGCUAGAGGACUUGAGUACUUGCAUGAGAAGGCAAACCCUCAUGUUAUCCACCGAGACAUCAAAUCCAGCAAUGUACUUUUGUUUGACGAUGAUGUUGCCAAAAUUGCUGAUUUUGAUUUGUCCAACCAAGCCCCUGACAUGGCUGCACGCCUUCACUCAACCCGUGUACUCGGAACCUUUGGCUAUCAUGCUCCAGAGUAUGCAAUGACGGGGACAUUGAGCACAAAAAGUGAUGUCUACAGUUUUGGGGUUGUUCUGCUGGAGCUCCUCACAGGUCGUAAGCCAGUUGAUCAUACCUUACCUCGUGGACAGCAGAGUCUCGUGACAUGGGCAACCCCUAAACUGAGUGAAGACAAAGUGAAGCAGUGUGUUGAUGCCAGACUAAGCGGAGAAUAUCCUCCCAAAGCUGUUGCCAAGCUGGCUGCGGUUGCUGCCCUGUGUGUACAAUACGAGGCAGACUUCAGGCCAAACAUGAGCAUAGUGGUAAAGGCUCUUCAGCCUCUGCUCAAUCCUCCUCGCUCUGCUCCUCAGACUCCACACAGGAACCCGUAUUAAAUUUGCUCCAAUCUGAGUUCACCCCUUGUGAUCGCUAUUUCAUUUGUUUUUGUUUGAAUCCGAUUUGUGUAAAUUUGUGAAAUAGGCUAUUUUAUUUCUCUCAUAAAACAUGCCACUUUACUGAUAUUGCUCUAUAUUUAUAUCUAUGUCAUGCCUGUGAUGUAAGUGUCUACUAAUUUUACAAUAUGCGAGGAAAAAGAUAUACAAACACUCUUUUUGUGCGUCUC